UCCCACUCCAUCCAGAAGACUCGCCCGAUCCAACUUACCCUGCCUGUCACAACUCCGCAGGAAACCCCCAGAGUCUGUCUCGGGGACGGCGGAUCCAUCCAUGAUGUCAAAAACCCGGGAUUUGUCGCCAUUCCGGGACUGUCUGUGGAUCCGCAAACGGUCCCCAUUCGAGCGCUGCUGCUUGGCUCCACGAAUUUCCGAUCGAUUGACCUUCAAGUUUUUUAAAUUGCGGGCAACCCUUAGCUUUGUUUGAAGCCGAUAUAGCAAUAUAAUCUAGUCUCAGGGCUUGAUACGCUCACACAUCAAUGGCUGCUUCAUCGCCAGCAGAUCGCGCGGAGGAGGUCAAGAGCCUCCUGAGCGCAGUUGAAGACCUCCUGAUCCCCUUCAUCCGCAGCGCGGAUUUGGACCCUCUCGCCUCCAACAAAUCCCUUUCCCCGAACGACGACAACGAAAAUGGCACAUCGCUGGUCGAGCACAAAAGACCGGAGGAACUGCAGCGGUUGCUCCAGCUGAGCCUGCCGCAGGAAGGCACGGGUCAGAAUGGUCUGGUGGACGUUCUCCGGCAGGUGCUCCGCUACUCGGUCAACACCUGGCACCAGGGGUUCCUCGACAAGCUGUACGCCUCGACCAAUGCGCCCGGCGUCGCGUCGGAGCUCAUCCUCGCGGCCCUCAACACGAACGUCCACGUCUACCAGGUCUCGCCGGCCCUCACGGUAAUCGAGAAGUACACGGGACAGCGUCUGGCGGCGCUGUUCGGGCUCACGGGCCCGCGCGCCGGCGGCAUCUCCGUGCAGGGCGGGUCGGCGUCUAACACGACCUCGAUCGUGAUCGCGCGCAACAACCUGUACCCGGAGACGAAGCGCGAGGGCAACGGGGGCCACCGGUUCGUGCUGUUCACGAGCGCGCACGGGCACUACAGCAUCGAGAAGGCGGCGCAGAUGCUGGGGCUGGGCAGCAGCGCGGUGUGGGCGGUGCCCGUCGACAAGCAGGGGCGCAUGAUCCCAGCGGAGCUGGAGCGGCUGAUCCAGCAGGCGCUGGCCGAGGGCCGGACCCCGUUCUACGUCAACGCGACGGCCGGCACGACGGUGCUGGGCUCGUUCGACCCGUUCGCCGCGAUCGCCGCUCUCUGCAAGCGAUACAAGCUCUGGCUGCACGUCGACGGCUCCUGGGGCGGCUCCUUCAUCUUCUCGGCGGCGCAGCGCCACAAGCUCGCCGGCGCCGAGCUCGCCGACAGCAUCGCCAUCAACCCGCACAAGAUGCUGGGCGUCCCCGUCACCUGCUCCUUCCUUCUGGCCGCCGACCUGCGCCGCUUCCACCGCGCCAACACCCUCCCCGCCGGCUACCUCUUCCACAACCCGGACACGGCGGCCGAGUCGUCGGAAAGUUCCUCGGAGGAAGAAGAACCGGAGAUCGACUCCCCCGAGGUCUGGGACCUGGCCGACCUGACCCUGCAGUGCGGCCGCCGCGCCGACUCCCUCAAGCUCUUCCUGGGCUGGACCUACUACGGCUCCGCCGGCUACGAGCGCCAGAUCGACUCCGCCUGCGCCGUCGCCGCCCACCUCGCCACCCUGGUCCAGCACAACCACAACUUCAUCCUCGUCAGCGAGAACCCCACCCCGUGCCUGCAGGUCUGCUUCUACUACGCGCCCCAGCGGCAGAUGGUCUACCCGCGCGGGCCGGCGGCGACGACAACGGCUGAAGCUGAGGUCGAGAGGGCCAAGGCUAACAGCAAGGUUACGGAGCAGGUGACGCAUGCGAUCGUCCGCAAAGGGUUCAUGGUCGACUUCGCCCCGCCCAGUGGCGAUGAGGAUGCCGUCGGCGACGGCAAGUUCUUCCGCUGCGUGGUCAACGUGCAGACCGCCAAGGAGACGGUCGAGGCGCUGCUCAGGGCCAUCGAGGAGGUUGGCCCCGCCAUUGUCGAGAAGUUGAAGGCCCAGGGUCGCUAGAGCCGUGCCGGGCGUCGCUGGGGCCAUGGGUUUGUCGUGCAUCGUUGAUAAGUCCCAUUUCUCCCUGCGCGGGUCAGUCCGACUGUAGUUUGAGUGCAACAUUCUACAGACUGGUUGGUAUAUCUCUUUCAGAGUGGCUGUACGUUGGCGUGAGGCUUAGAAGGGAAGACAAACAAAACAAAAACUAAUAGAAUAGAGCAUAGAAAUUAUAAUGUCGUCGCAAGACGCUUGUCA